AUGUGCAUCCAAUAUCCAGAUGGAGAAUGUGAGCUUAAGUCUGGGUUAAUCCAUCUUUUACCCAAAUUCCAUGGAUUAGCAGGAGAAGACCCGUACCAUCACUUGAAGGAAUUUCAUGUUGUUUGUUCAUCCAUGAGACCUACAACGGUGACAGAGGAACAUAUCAAGCUUAAGGCUUUUCCAUUCUCAUUGCAAGAUGCCGCUAAGAAUUGGUUAUACUGCCUUCCGCCAGGAUCCAUCAAUACCUGGGAGACUCUGAAAAGAUUAUUUCUGGAAAAGUUUUUUCCAGCAUCUAGAGUUGCUGCUAUUCGCAAAGAUAUUUAUGGGAUAAGGCAACAAGAAAGAGAAAGUCUUCACGAGUAUUGGGAAAGAUUCAAAAAGUUAUGUGCUUCAUGUCCUCAUCACCAAAUAAACGAGCAUCUCCUCAUUCAAUACUUUUACGAGGGAUUGAGUAUCAUGGAUAGACAAAUGAUAGAUGCUGCAAGUGGAGGGUCAUUGGUGGACAAAACGCCAACGAAUGCAAGACAAUUGAUUGAAACUAUGGCUUCGAACCAUCAACAAUUUUUCACAAGGAGUAAUUCUAUAACUCUAUUGAAGGGAACCCAUGGAGUAGAAGCUUCAUAUGUUGCAGAUCACAAGAAAUUAGAAGGGAAGUUGGAUGACUUAGCGGCAAUGGUAAGGACCUUGACAGACUUACAGAAAAAGCCUAUUCCUUCUACUUUAUGUGGAAUUUGUGCUUCUACUAAUCAUCCUACAGAGGCUUGUUCUAUGUUAAAAGAGACAGGGACGUUAGACAAUGAACAACCUCAAGAAUAUGCUGCAAACAUCUAUGGCAAUAAUAGACCACCUCGGCAGCAAUACAACCAUGAUUUGUCCUCCAACAAGUACAACCCAGAUUGGAAGGAAUAUCCCAGCCAGAAAUGGGGAAAUCAACAGCCUCAACACCAACAAGUCUAUGUUCCACCUCAACAGAGGCAACAACCACAACCAGCGACAACCUCUGGUGAUUCAAACAUGGAGGCAAUGAUGAAAAUGAUGGCUGACAUGAUGAAGGGACAAAUCAAUGAGUUGAAACAGACAAUGGAAGCAACCAAUCAGAACUUGCAAAAUCAGAUUGGACAAAUGGCAAAUGAGUUAAAUCAGAUGAAGUCUCAACAAGGCUCAAGCAAUUUGCCUGCACAAACUGUAAUCAACCCGAGAAAUGUAAGUGCUAUUACUUUAAGAUCGGUUGUACCUAAUGAUGAAAGAGGAAGAUUAGAUGAAGCAACACAAGCAACAUCUGAGAUGCCUACACCCAGUGAUAACUCCAGGUUGGUAUCCCCUAAUACUUCCUCUGAAAAUCCUUCUCCUUAUUCUCCUCCUCCUCCCUAUCCAAACCGUUUGAAACCAAAAACUAAAAAGAUGGAGGAGUUAGACAAAGAAAUCCUGAAUACUUUCAAGAAAGUGGAGAUAAACAUCCCUUUGUUGGAUGCUGUGAGACAAAUUCCUAAAUACGCCAAGUUUCUCAAAGAAUUAUGUACACAUAAAAGGCGUAUUAUGGACAAAGAGGUAGUGAACAUGGGAAGGAAUGUCUCUAGCUUAAUUAAGAAGCCUGCAGUCAGAAUGCCGCAAAAGUGUAAGGAUCCAGGUAUGUUUUCUGUUCCCUGCAUUAUAGGAAGUACUAACUUUGACAAUGCUAUGUUAGAUUUAGGAGCUUCUAUUAAUGUAAUGCCUUUAUAUGUUUUUACUUCACUUCAUCUUGGACCUCUUAAGUCUACUGGUGUGGUCAUUCAAUUGGCCAACCGUAGCACAGUUAACCCUGCAGGUGUGCUAGAAGAUGUGCUUGUCCGUGUGGACAAGUUAAUUUUUCCUACAGAUUUCUAUAUCUUGGACAUGAAGGAUGAUGAAGGAAUGAGUUCAACCACAAUCAUCUUGGGAAGACCAUUCAUGAUGACAGCACGUACCAAGAUAGACGUGCAUGCAGGAUCCUUAACUAUGGAGAUAGGAGAUGAGAAGGUGCAGUUCAACGUGCUAGAAGCCAUGAAGCACCCAAUUGAAGACCAUUCUUUGUUUUGCAUUGAUUUAUUGAGUAAUGUAGUGAACAAUUAUGCUUUUGGACUUUUGGACGUUUUAUCUGGUUUUUCUUCUUCUUUGGAUUUUUCUAAAGAAGUCACCAAGUUGCUACAAGCAGGUAUUAUAUAUCCUAUUUCUGACAGCACUUGGGUGAGUCCUGUACAUGUGGUCCCCAAGAAAUCUGGGAUCACCGUGGUCAAGAAUGAGAAGAACGAGUUGAUUCCUACUCGUAUUCAGAAUAGCUGGAGGGUAUGUAUUGAUUAUAGAAGACUAAACCAGGCCACCAGGAAGGACCACUUUCCUUUACCAUUCAUGGACCAGAUGUUAGAUCGAUUGGCAAGUAAGUCUCAUUACUGUUUUCUUGAUGGAUUCUCUGGGUAUUUUCAGAUUUGUAUUGCCCUAGAGGAUCAACAUAAGACUACUUUUACUUGUCCAUUCGGUACAUAUGCUUAUAGGAAAAUGCCAUUUGGCCUUUGCAAUGCUCCUGGAACAUUUCAGCGAUGUAUGAUGAGUAUUUUUACAGAUUUGUUGGAGCAUUGUAUUGAGGUUUUUAUGGAUGAUUUUAGUGGAUAUGGUUCAUCUUUUGAUCACUGCUUGUCUAAUCUUGCUAGAAUCUUGGAGAGAUGUGAAGAAACUAACCUUGUUCUAAAUUUUGAAAAAUGUCAUUUUAUGGUGGAACAAGGUAUAGUUUUAGGUCACGUUGUUUCCAAGAAUGGUAUAUCUGUAGAUCCUGCUAAAAUUGAUAUUAUUUCACAAUUGCCUUACCCCUCUUCUGUGAAAGAGGUUCGAUCUUUUCUUGGACAUGCAGGAUUUUACAGGAGGUUUAUCAAGGACUUCAGC